UCUGGGCAAGAGCUUCGAACGCCAAGGAACGUGCGCGCUGACCUCACGGGUCGAGGCGCGUCGCUGCGGGGCCGUUGGGGGGGUAGGCGUGGCCUGCGGGCAGAUAUAAAAGGGCGGUGGUGCGCGCGCGAGCGGCUUAGUGCGGCAGGGUUCCUGGGGAGGUGGGGCUGCUGUAUCGUUUUACGGCGGGCGUCGGAGCCAGAGGGGUGUGGAGUGGGGCUGCCGGGGCCUCGCCAGGGCUGCAGCGGCAGCAGUUGGGCCCCCCGCCCCGGCCGGCGGCCCGAAAAGCGCAGGAAGGGGGCCGGGGGGACCCGCCCCCGGCCGGCCGCAGUCAUGAAUUCUAACGUGGAGAACCUGCCCCCCCACAUCAUACGCCUGGUAUACAAGGAGGUGACCACGCUGACUGCAGACCCUCCCGAUGGCAUCAAGGUCUUUCCCAACGAGGAGGACCUAACUGACUUGCAGGUCACCAUCGAGGGCCCUGAGGGGACCCCAUAUGCCGGAGGUCUGUUCCGCAUGAAACUCCUUCUGGGGAAGGACUUCCCUGCCUCCCCGCCCAAGGGCUACUUCCUAACCAAGAUCUUCCACCCAAAUGUGGGUGCCAAUGGCGAGAUCUGCGUCAACGUGCUCAAGAGGGACUGGAAGGCUGAGCUAGGCAUCCGACAUGUGCUGCUGACCAUCAAGUGCCUGCUGAUCCACCCUAACCCUGAGUCUGCGCUCAAUGAGGAGGCAGGCCGCCUGCUCUUGGAGAACUACGAGGAGUACGCUGCCCGGGCCCGCUUGCUUACCGAGAUCCAUGGUGGGGCAAGCGGGCCCAGUGGCGGGAGGGCUGAGGCCAGCCGGGUGCUGGCCAGUGGUGCUACAGCCUCCACCAAUCCCGUGGUCCCUGGGGGCCUGGGAGGAGCAGAGGGUCCCAUGGCCAAGAAGCAUGCAGGCGAGCGAGAUAAGAAGCUGGCAGCCAAGAAAAAGACGGACAAGAAGCGGGCACUGCGGCGGCUGUAGUGGGCUCUUCUCCCUCUUUCCACCCCUGACACCAUUGUCCCCUCCUGGCCCCUCUGUCCAACUCUGUGUCUAAGUUAUUUAAAUUAUGGUCGGGGUGGGGGAGGGCAUGGGGAGCACUGGGACCUGAUUUGUUUUUCUAAAUAAAGUUGGAAAAGCAGCUUCUGUGCCUCA